CAGGGAGGACUGAGAAUAUUACAGUUUGCUCCAGUCCCGCAGCCUGCCCACACCACACACAGCCAUGCCUGCUAGAAACAAGGAACAAGAGGAGGAGGUUCUCCACUGGAUCGAGGAUGUCCUGGGGGAGAAACUACCGAGCCAACCGUACGAGGAUGUGUUGAGGGAUGGCGUGGUCCUGUGUAACCUCAUCAACAAGAUAGCACCAGGGAGUGUCAAGAAGAUACAGACCAAGGGCACUAACUUCCAACUCAUGGAAAACAUUCAAAGAUUCCAAGCUGCCGUUAAGAAGUAUGGUGUGCCGGAGGAAGAAAUCUUCCAAACAGCAGAUUUGUUUGAAAGAAGAAACAUCCCUCAAGUGACCUUAUGUCUUUACUCUCUGGGAAGAAUCACCCAGCUACACCCCGAGUACACGGGACCUCGCCUGGGACCCAAGAUGGCUGAGAAGCAAGAGCGUCACUUCACAGAGGAACAGCUCAGAGCAUCCGAGGGACAUCUCAACCUGCAGAUGGGCUUCAACAAGGGAGCAUCUCAGUCCGGCCUGGGCUCCUUCGGCAACACCCGACAUAUGUAGUGUGUCUGGUCUAGCUAGUCUACUGCUUUGACUGUCGGGAGACGUAGCCAUCUCAUCAACAUUUUAAGUUGCAGCCAGUUUAAGAAGUGAAAUUAACCUGGUUGAACUGAGCCAUCAACUACUGGUUUAUGUCUUAUACAAAGACCUUUAAGCUAAGUACAUUACUGUUUACUAUAUAGAAUCUAUCAUUUCUCAUCAAUAAUCAAAGUAUAAAAAUAUAGAGAAAAUGGCUCAUUAAACUAUGUUCGAUUGUAAGGAUGGUUUACAUAGAUGAGAUGGCUACAUCAUUAUACAAAGUGGCUACUGCUUGCAACAAAACAGUAUUCGGGAAUCAGUAUCUUGUGCAAAGUAUUAGCACGUACGUUGCAAGUGCUCCUAAAACGUCCAGUGCCUUAUUUACCUAACAUUUUUCUAGAAGAACGAUUUUUGGUGGAUCUUCAUGCUCUUCCAUAUUUCUACUAACGCUUUGUUAAUUUGUUGUGUAAUGAAAUGUUGAAUCAAUGACGUUUAAAAAAGGCUGUUUUGCCUUUAUAAAAACUAUACAUUGGUAAAAAAAAUACAUUAUUUCCUGACAAAAUAAACAAGAUAAUCGUAGGUAGAAUGUGCCAUUUUGGAGCUUAGAAUUGUGUUUGGCAUUGUUAAAUAACGUUAUAACUUUGUUAAAAUAGAGUUAUUAUGUGUGUACAAUGCUGUACUAUAGGAAAAUAAGUGUACUAAUCGGGGGUGUAAAAAUUAUCUUAUACUAUCAAAUGUACUUUAAAUUUGUCUAUUAACGACUAUAUCAGGCUAAUUUGCAUUUUAUGUUUCUAAUUGUAAACAUAAACACUCGUAAAUCUAAACGCACAGACAUUGUCUGCCAUCAAUCAUUAACUUGUACACAAUUUGUUUGCAUUAUUUGAAAUGAAUAACAUUAGCAGGAAAUUAUCAUUGAAAAUUGUAUUGUUGUUUAGCAUUAUUAAAACAACAAUAGAAACGUUGUGGCAUUGUUUCUAUAUUGAUGUAUAUUUCUUCUUGUGGUUUUUAUGUAUGUAUCGUUUAUAAGUAAGUAUUAUACAUACUUAGUUUAUACAAUAGUUCUAGUCUCAUAGAUUAGUUUGUCUGAUAUAAAAUCAUCUGUUGUUACUUUAUUUGCUUUUUAUACUGCUACUUUGGUUGGAUAUUAAAAUUAUGUUUGUUC